GUAUUCAUCUAGCAACAAUUAAGAAUAUUUUAAGAGACAGUUUAAAGCAGUCUUUUCACCUUUUUUUUUCAAGUUCUACAGGAGGGUCCGCCCAGAACUUCCCUUUUCCUUCCAUUGCCAUACUAUGUCCGAGAACAAAUACGACCAACUUGAUUCGCAUGCGAAUAUAUAUGAUCAUGAAGCAUCGGGUACUUUGAUAUCAAUUACUCCUGCAAGUGGUGGUCUUCGGCCAUGGCAUUAUAACCUCUUUACUUGCUGCUUCGAAGCCAACUCCUGCCUGGAGGCCUGCUUUUGCUUUUAUUGUCAACUCGUGAGGCAGCACAAUAUGUUUUACAACUUAAAACCUGAGAUAGAUAUCCCUAUGUGCUUUUUGGUGGUUAUCUUAGAUUACCUCACAUUCUCAUGGUUCUCGUUCUCUUAUCUUUUUAUGCUUCGAAGAAGUAUCCGAGAGCGCUAUGGUAUCAAGGGUCAUAUGUGCACUGAUUGUUUAUCCGUCCUUUUUUGUGGGUGUUGUGCGUUACAGCAACAGUUGUUGGAGAUGACCUCACAGGGAUCGUUCCCUGGUGCGACCUUAUAUAAAAAUCCCACACCACCGUCCGAAGUGCACAUGAUUUAAGGAAGAAAAACAACAUAUAUUAUUGAUGAAAAACUCAAGGUGCAAAAAUUUGCUUCAACAAACAUUCCGUUUUUCUAAGGGACAUUCCAUAUUUAUCCCAAUGAUCUAACAUUUUUAACAACGAUGAUUUCAAGAUUUAUGCUGUUUAGUGGAUAUUUUCUAGUUACUCAUUUGCUGUUUUCUUUUUUUCUUCCGUUAUGCUUGCUGAAUUUAUAAGUUUCUUAGAUUAUUCAACAAAAAUAUUGAGAUGGGAAAAUAUGCUCAUAUUGAGAGCUAAAGACGUUUUGGAAUUUUUUUGUGUGCAACGAAGUAUAAAAAUGGGUCGGGAGUCUGUAAAAGCCUCUAUUUUUGUGAACUACAAGGCUUUUUUGUAU